CACACUAGCAUCACAAUGUCCCGUUGGUCACGCCUCUAUUGCUUUCAGACUAGUGCGUGCGGAAGUGAACAUUGGUCUCUUUGCUUUGCUGAGUUAUUGCGUCAACGACUGUGAAACCGAGGGCAAGAAGCCAGUUGCGCACGUUGAGCUGCCUACCCUGGAAGAUGAUUAACCAAGAACUUUUUGCUUCAAAAGUGUAAUAAUGACAAAUCGUGGAGACUUUCAACGGCAGUUUCCAUCUGUUAUGGAGAAGCUACUGCAUAACACUGUUUCUGAGACGAUGCAACUCUUCGAGAAUUCAGUUGAGGAACUAAAAGCAGAAAUAGUCCGAGUCAGGAAAGAGAACGACAACUUAAAUGAUAAGCUUUCUUUUUUUGAAAAGACGAGAUUAUGUUCGGACCCAGGAAAAAACGAUAUCCCGACUUCAAAAGACAAUCCUGAUAAACGUGACAUCGGUGUGCAGUGUGCCAGGCCAACAACGGUGGAGAGAUCCUGCAGCCCUUGUUCUCAAAAUGAAGAUGGUGAAAGGAGUAUAUUUCAAGAUCUGUGCCCAAGUCUCCCAGAGGAGGAAAACCGCCAGUUAGCAUUGGUGCUCAUCAAGCAAGAGGAGCUUGACUUUGAUGACCAUAGCACUGGGUAUUUUUUGCUGAAACAAGAGAAUGGUGAGGCAAAGCUUAUCCGGAAGCAGCAUAUAAAGGAUAUUCCUCCAGAAAUUUUUCUCUCCUCAGGAGUCAGUAGAAAGACAACACAGAAAAGCCUUUCUGGAAAGCCUUCAGAAACUACUUCAACAGGCCCCAGAGUGGAUACAGAGGAGCACCCAAUUUGCACUUUUGAGGCCCAAACCAGAAGCAAUAAAAGAGUGAGAAAUGAGUCUGAAAGUAGAGAAGCUAAACAAGGAAAAACAUUAGAAGAAAAAGACAGGUUUCCUGUUCUGACAACUGCUACGAAGACACAGGCUCUCAGGUCAUCCCAAGUUGGAACCAUAUCUGCUCAGAGUUCAGCUGUCCAGCUUCCCCAACCAACUGAACCUCCCAAGUGCACUGCAGUGCAGUUCCAGGUCCCAGUUUCAACAUCGCUGCCUAUAUGCACACAAAGUAAAGUCCUGAUUCAAACCUCCCAGGUUAGGGUUCAGUCAGCUCCACAUCCUGUCUCCAAAGCUCUCACUCUCCCUCCUCUGCGGUCUCUUAAAUCGGCCCCACCUCCCCCAGUUCCUUUUCUCCCGGCUCAAACACCAGGCUUACCAGGUCUGAUUCCAAAUCAUGUGACUAAUAUAACAAAUCCCUCAGCGCAGUUUAAUUUCUCACCUGUCAAUCACCCGGUCUCACAAGGCCAGGUGCAAUGUAAGCCAAUUCUGGUGCCAGUAUCUCAGCAACAAGCUCCUCAAUUUCAGGUUUUUCCCCAAACAACACAGUUCCCUAAUUCACAACCAAACCUUAUUGCCGCAGCAGGCCAGGUCUUGCUUCCAGCCGGUAUAAGCCCAUUCCAAUCAGUUUCAUCUCCACUUCAGCCAUGUCGUAUGCCAGUCUCCUCAGGUCUUCCUGUGCCCCCAUCUCUGCCUACAGUUGUCAGUACUAUUGCUCCACCAUCCUGUGUUGUGCUGCAUCCAGUACCACCAGCUCAGUCUCAGGCUCACCCUAAUCGAUUCCCACCCCCACAGGUUCGAAUACCAACUCAGACUCAGGUUCUGCCUCGAGCAACUCACAUUCCAGUUCCAGUCAGCCCACAAGGUCAGCAAAAUACAGCAAAAUGUACUGAGACUCUGCUUCCAUUUACCCAUAUGCUGGCUCCAUCAGUUCCAAUUCAUGCUUCUUUUUGCAGCGUUACAACACCUCAGUCCUAUUCUAUGAUCUCACCCAAUUCAAUGAGGACACCGCCUCCUGCAACACAUAAUCUCAUUCCGUUUGCCCCUCUCCCGUCUGUUCAGAUUCCAUUACAGUCAACUAUGUCCUCUUCUCCAUGCCCCCAAGCCUCUACUCUCACUUCAGUUCCACCACCUGGUUCACUUCCUCUGGCAUCAUCUCCAGUUCUGUCAACUGUAUCUCCUCGUCCAUUACCCCAAAUUCAAUCUCUAUUCCCGGUUCAAUCCAGCACGCCUCCUGCUCCAUUCCAACAGAAUCUUGCUCCAUGUCCAGUUUCAUCACUUAUGCCCCUUGGUCCACCAUCCGGAAAUCCAGUUCCCUGCUCAGUUCCAUCACAUAUGCUACCUGUUGCACCUUUGCUAAGUUCCGCUCCAUGCCCAGUUCCACAUAAUCCUUCUGCAUGCCAAAUUAGAUCAAAUAUGCCACUUGUUGCAUUACUCCAGAAUUCAACUCCAACUCCAAUAUCAGCAACUAGGCCUUCUGCUCCAGUACACCAAGUUCCAACUCUACCUCCUGUCCAUUCUAUCCCAAUGCCUUUUCAGUCAGCACAUGAAACUCCACAAGUCCCGUUGACCUAUCCAUUAGACAGUUUCUAUGCCUCCCUUGACCCAAUGCACGACUUGGAAGAAGAACCAGAUUUGACAACAUUACAUCCACCCAUGUUUGACCAGGUGAAUAUGCUAUCAGAACAUUUGUCCUCUGUGAGAUCCCAGCUAUGUGUAUCAUUAAGCCAACCAGGCAUUCCCCCCCAGACGCCCUGCAUCACAUCUGAUCAGUUCUCUUCAACCCACUCAGAGUCCCUCACACUGUCAGAACAGUCUCAUUCACCCUCAGCAAAUGUGGACCCAAACGGACAAUUCAGGAACUCUCCCACAUGCUCAGAUCCACCUAAUGUGUCAGCACACCAAAGUAAUGGAAGCUCCACCACGUUUGAAAGUGAUGUACAAAAAGAAGGCCAAGGGCACACUGAUUCUGUCCUGGUGAGGCUAAGAUCACACUUCAAGACUCGUCAAGAAUCCAACAGGACUAGACAGUCUGAGACACAGAGUGAUAGCCUGAACGAUUCAGAAGAACCCAAAACAAGCAAGCAUCAGCUAUCAAGUGUGGGGCCCAUCAAUCACGCAGAAGGACACAUGGCCUCUCAAAAUGACAUGGCUUCUCUUAACGAUGAUUCAGCAAAGGAUGGCAAAAAGAUCGACCAGAAAAGGUUGGCCAAGCCUGGAAAGUCCCAAGGACGCAAGAACCAGUGUGAGGUGUGUGACCGGGUCCUCAGCAAUGCCUCUGCACUGGAAAACCACUCAAGACUUCACACUGGAGAGAGGCCGUUCUCAUGUGACAAAUGUGGGAAAGCGUUCCCAAGUGUGAGAGGCCUGAACCGGCAUGUCCAGAUCCACGCCGAGGAGAAGCAGCAUCAGUGCCCUGAAUGCGGCAAAAGUUUUGUCUACCACUUCACUCUUACCAAGCACCAGCUCAUCCACACAGGGGAGAAGCCAUUCCCCUGCAAGGUCUGUGGCAAGCGUUUUUUGGCCAAGGCGGACCGUGCAACUCACAUGCGCAUGCACACAGGAGAGAAGCCUUACAGCUGCACUCUGUGUGGGAAGAAGUUCAAACACCGGAUGGCACUGAACAUGCACAUGCAGGGACACAGAGGGGAGAAGCGGUACAGCUGCCCAACUUGUGACAAGGGAUUUGUGGACCUUGGCAAUUUUAAGAGGCAUAAGCGUAUUCACACUGGGGAGAAGCCAUAUGAAUGCAAGGUCUGUGGCAAGAGGUUCACUCAGUCAGCACACCUCAAGAAACAUGUCAACACACAGCAUUAGUUAUAUUAAUUAUAGAUUAGUAGUGAAUGCUGUAUAUACAGAUGGUUGGUUUUUAUUACCUCCACCAAGUCCAGUUUGUUUGUCUGUCGGUUUGUUUGCCUGUCAGCAGGAUUACGCAAAACCUACUUGGCCAAUUUUCAUGAAGGUGUGUAGCAUGGGCCAAGGAAGAGCCCAUGAAAUUUUGGAGCGGAUCCAGAUCAAGGGCCAGAUCCAGGGAUUUUUAACUUUCUUUAACAUUGCGAGAUAGGGCGUUGUUUGACAUCUGCUGGUCUUGGUACACCAUUGGCCUUGGCAGAGGUAAUUUUUAACAGUCUGUGAUUGGUGUCAUAGUAAUGAACAGUCAUUGUUUGAGAUGGAUUCAUACAAAUAAGAUACUGUGACAAUAACUGGACCUUUUUGGGCUGGCAUUGUAUACAUAAAUUAAACUCUUUUUUUAUGAAAGAAUUGUGAAGGACCUUAUAAAGCUUGUGUUGCUCUGUAAAAUAUGCAAGCUUGCUCUUUCUGAGUUUGCUGCUUUUUUUCAAUUACUUGAAAAAUAAAUACUGUGUAUAUCUGUA